CCAACCGAGCCGGCUGCUGUUUGAAAAUGAAUGAUAUGCUGCUCAAGUUGUAGAAACAGUGGGGCUGUUGGUGUAUUGUGUGUUUAGCGGCAAACAGCAUUUACAGAAAGGGGGAAAAAGUAAAAGUGGACAAUUACAAAGAAAACCUGAAAUACAAACCAGGAAGAACAAUAGUUUCCAGCAAUGCAACUGACCGUGUGUGAGCCCACCGCCAUGUCCGAAGCCGUGGUGAUGGAGCCUCCCAGACCCGCCGGCUUCUUGGAGUCAUCGUGCGGCGUAGGAGACAGCGCAGGCUCCCUCGAUGACGGCAUCGUGGAUACAGCAAAUGAGUCUUCAGAGGAAGAGUCUGCCGGGGAAAGGGAAGAGGAGAUUGGUGCACAUGAUGAAGUCGCCAGCAGCACCAAGACUACAGAGGUCCCUGCUGGACAGACCUCAAACACACAAACAGUGAACGCCCAGCGCCCAAACUCCCUGCCGGUGGCAGCAGCAGGAGAGCCCAGCCUGUGGACGUCACAGGGUGAUGCAGAUGUGAAACUGAGGAUGGGGGACUCUGGCCUGGCUGCUGAGACCCCUCUGACUAUCAACCAGAUGUUCACCUCCGCUGUGGAGCACUUUGGCGACUACACAGCUCUGAGCUGGAAAGAGGGCGAGCAGCAGAAGAGCCUGAACUACAGAGAAUAUUACCAGACCUGCCGCCAGGCUGCAAAGAGCUUCCUUAAGCUUGGUCUGCAGCGCUACCACGGCGUCGGCAUCCUGGGCUUCAACUCAGCCGAGUGGUUCAUCUCUGACAUUGCAGCUAUUUUGGCAGGUGGGUUUGCUGUUGGCAUCUACACCACCAACUCUCCCGAUGCGUGCCAGUACGUAGCAGACAACAGCAAGGCCAAUAUCAUUGUGGUGGAGAAUCACAAACAGCUGCAGAAGAUCCUUCAGGUUGAAGACAAGCUGCCACACUUGAAAGCCAUCAUCCAGUACAAAGAUGCACUAAAGGAGAAGAGACCAAAUCUGUACUCAUGGGCGGAGUUCAUGGAGCUCGGACGCGAUGAACCCGACGCACCCCUCGACGCGAUCGUCUCCAGCCAGAGGCCCAACCAGUGCUGCACGCUCAUCUACACCUCAGGGACCACAGGCCAGCCCAAAGGAGUCAUGCUCAGCCACGAUAAUAUAACGUGGACCGCGCUCUCCACCAGCCGCCAUGUGCGUCUGACAGACGCCACAGUCGCUCAGGAGGUGGUGGUCAGCUACCUGCCGCUCAGCCACAUCGCUGCUCAGAUGAUCGACAUCUGGGUCACCAUGAAGGUCGGAGGGGCGUCCUACUUUGCUCAGCCAGAUGCACUGAAGGGCUCUCUGGUAAACACAUUGAAGGAAGUGCGUCCCACGGCCUUCAUGGGCGUCCCACGCGUCUGGGAGAAGAUGCAGGAGAAGAUGAAGUCUGUCGGAGCCAAGUCUUCAACUGUGCGCAGGAAAAUAGCUGCCUGGGCCAAAGAUGUCGGCCUGCAGACUAAUCUGACCAAGAUGAAUCAAACCGGAGCAGCUGGCCGCACGCCGCUCAGUUAUCAAUUAGCCAAAAAGCUUGUUUUCAAAAAGGUGCGCAAGGCUCUGGGCCUGGACCGCUGCAACAAGUGCUACACCGGCGCCGCUCCCAUCACCAAAGACACCCUGGAGUUCUUCCUCAGCCUGGAUAUCCCUCUGUACGAGCUGUACGGCAUGAGCGAGAGCACCGGCCCUCACACCGUGUCCAUCCCCGAGGCCUUCAAGCUCACCAGCUGUGGUAUAGAGAUCCCGGGGUGCAAGACGAAGCUGCACAACCCAGACGAGGAGGGAAACGGCGAGAUCUGCUUCUGGGGCCGUCACGUCUUCAUGGGUUAUCUCAACAUGCCCGACAAGACGGAGGAGGCUCUCGAUGCAGAGGGUUGGCUGCACUCAGGCGACCUGGGCAAACACGACCAGAAAGGAUUCCUCUUCAUCACCGGAAGAAUUAAAGAGCUGAUCAUCACAGCAGGAGGAGAGAACAUCCCUCCUGUUCCCAUCGAGGAUUCGGUGAAGGAGGCCGUGCCGCUGAUUAGCAACGCCAUGCUGAUCGGAGACAAGAAGAAGUUUCUUUCAAUGCUGCUCACCAUUAAGUGCGAGGUAAACGCAGAGUCUGGAGAGCCAGAGGACGAGCUGACACCAGAAGCUGUCGAGCUCUGCAGGAAGCUGGGCAGCAACGCCACACGAGUCUCUGAGAUCGCAGGCGGCCGAGACCGGUUGGUCCACACAGCUAUUCAGGAGGGAAUCAACCGAUUCAACGAGAAGGCAACCUCAAACGCUCAGCGCAUUCAGAAGUGGAUCGUUCUGGAUCGGGAUUUCUCCCUUGCAGGGGGAGAGCUGGGCCCGACCAUGAAGCUGAAGCGGCCGGUGGUGACGAAGAUGUACAAAGAGCAGAUCGAGAACUUUUAUAAGGAGCUGGCGACUCCGACGACCCCCGACAACCCGCUGCCUUCCAAAUAGAGCUCCUCCACCUCCACCUCCACCUCCAGCUCCCCCUGCAGGGAGAUCCAGACUGUCAGAGUUAACACGCAGACACACCUCACCUCAUUUUAUUCAACCAUUUUUCUCUCUUGUGAAAAAAUGUUUUGAUUGCCUUAAGUUUUGGUCGUUCUGUCUUGGUUUACAUUUGUGGGUGUUGUACUAAAAGGAAAGCAGAAUUAAGAAGCCAUUGUCAAAUAGCUUUAUGAUUUUGAAGACGUUAUCAAUAAGCUGAAGUUAACUAUUUGGAUUACUGGGGUGAACAGUAAUAUCGGAUAGAUGAAGUAGCAGCAGCUGUAUGUGAAAAAAGUUGUUGUUUAUUGCACUGCAUUACUUGAGAUAAAGAGACAGAAUAAAAAAAAAAGAAGCAGUUGAUAGGAUGUUUUUAAAGACGUAAUUUGUGUUUUUGAACAUGUUUUUCUUAAUUUAUUUUUGGUUUACCAAAGUUUACAUGGGCCAAAUGAGCUUCAAAUGAAGAACAUAUCUAGAAAAUGCUCCGUUUGUAAUUCAGCAAUCAUAUCCAAAUAUCUACUGGCCUUUUACAUGUAUUUGGGGGUUUUUGUCAGCCGGGUUUCAAAGAAAAUAAGCAUUUAUUUUGUACAUGUUUUCAAAAAGUCAAAUGUUUUCUGUCGCGGUUACAAAGCUAUUGAAUCUAUCUCAUAGCUCAGCAUCCAAAUUUUGUUUUUCAUGCUGUAAAAACACGCCAUUGAAGCCAUAUAUCUAUUGCCUUUUGUAAUUGUAAAGUCAAACUCUUGUUGUUCUGUAUGCUGACUCAAUGCAGACCAAUUACACACCUGCCUAGUCCUGUUGAAAUGCUUUCCAACAGUCCUUCUGUGUGUAGACCUGCUGUGAUUUUUGUGAAAUACUGUAAAUAUGUUUUGCCUACAUCAUCAUCUUUCUCUUGUUUUUACUUUACAGUUGAUAUUUUAGCCAUUUAUUCUGCAGCUCAAAAAUCUCAUGCAUCAUUUUUUUGCACUCAAACAUAGAAACAAAGACGUACCUGGUCUGGGAAUUGUACAUAAGUUAGAUUAUAUGUAGCUUAAUGGCAAAUAUAUCAACUAGUCUGUUGCCAUCACUUAUGCAUCACACAUAUAAAUGUUCAAAUGCUCGAGGUUUUGAUCCGGAGACCAAAAGUCUUUAACCUCCUUGAAGACAUUUCACACAUCUUCAAAGAAAACAUUUUAAUAAUGAAGUAAAAGAGUUUGUUGCACUCCAAAGAGUCAAUCUUAUAUAUGAAGUAAUUGUGUAUAUAAUAAGCGUAAUGGUAUUUGUAGUACUCUGAUUUGAAAGUGAAGGUGGGUUUGGCGGUUAUGGUUCGCUCAAAGUCAUUGAAGUUCAGGGUAAACAAAACAGAGCCUUUUCGACGUGCGUGUAUAAAGUUAAAUAAGGAAAUGACGGUGAUUCAGUGUCUGGAUUUACCUGACCCGAAAGAGCUGUUGUUGUUGUUGUUGUUGUUGUCGUUGUUGUUGUUGUUAACAAUAUCAGGGUUGAAAGAUGGAAAUAUGCAUGAAGGAGAAAAAGGAAACCGACCUGUUUCUGUCUACAGACAUGUGAAUGUUUGUGUGUUUGAUCAGUUACGGAAUAAAAGUUGAUGAAGCUGA